AUGAUCAAGUUGGUUCAUGGUAUCUUCACCACGACCAAGCAUCGAUUGUUGUUCAUUCAAGCCAUUGCCUUUUGUGCCAAACGAGGUGACUCUCAAUCAAUCCAAUUCAUGAUUGAUGUGAUCAGAGAGGCAUCGGGCGACACAUCACUCAAUCUCAAAGAUAUUGACUACGACAGGCUCAAUGAAACAACAGAUGUUGAUACAUUGGCAGUACUUGCGGACAAUGGCAUCAUCGAUUCCAACACGCAUCAAUCAAGAUCAAACAUCGUCAAAAUAUUGGACAACGCUUGCAACACUGGACAUGUUGAGACCAUUCGAUUCAUUGAUCAACGAUUCAACCAGAAUGGUCCACACCCUGGCGGAAGGAUGAUGCUUGUACCAACAUAUCCAGCCAUUGAGAAGGCAGUCAUGUUGAACCAUCAUUCAGUGAUCAAGUACCUCUUUGAUCGCAAGUCAAUAUAUUGGAGAUCGAUGGAACUACAACAAAGUCAUCCACUCAAUGCCAUUCGAUUGCUUAAACAACUUCAAUACUAUGCCUUCAAUAAUGGACACUUGAACAUCAUCAAUGAUUGCACCAAGCUGAUCAAUCAACUUGUGUGA